GGUGGUUUGUGAUGGUAAAUACCCCGGCUGUAACAACACACCACCGAUAAGAAAGGCCAACAUUUAUCUUAUGUUUGUGGAUUAACGUUACAGGCAGGACUGCAGAAGUUCGUGCUUAAUUCAAGAUGGGAGAUAUGUAACUUAACAUUAGCUAUAAACUAUAGCUUAUAUAUCGAUGAGAUACAGGUAGUUAAUCAUGCUAUAGAUCUGCGUGACUAUAUUUGUCUGGAUUAGGGCUCUUUAAACUCAGAGAAUUAGCGUUUUUACGUCGGAUCAUUAAUAUAUUAGUGCUGAUCUCGUUUUAAGACAUUUAAGGAUACUGUUUGCGCGUGUUUUAAAUGAGCUCGCGAGCUAACAAUAAUAGUGCUAUCACAACCGGCUAACGUUAGUUAAACACCGGUGCCUUUAGUCGUUUUAUUUAAACUACAUAAACGAUGGACAUCACAAGGGAUUUACCGUUAUUAGUAAUGCAUUAAGUCGGAAGCUAGCCUUGUAGAUAAGUUAUAUCAAAUUAUCAAUGGGUUUGAUAUCAUAGUUAGAUGUGUAGCUUCACAUUAGGAGUUAGCCUGUUAGCAUUAGCAGUUUCUUUGUUAUGAACGCACUGGUUUGGUUGUGACUGCUUUUGAAUUUUAUUAAGGGAAAUUAUAGUUUACAUAAGUUUAUAUUGAUUAUUUUAAUAUUUUUAACUAAAUCAUUAACUACCCUUAUUUCGUUACAACCUCGAUUUAAGUAACUUUGUUAUUAGUGAGGUACAGACGAAAGGAAAGGUUGGACGGUUAGCAUAUUUUAAUAAACGUAAACACACAAGUACAUACAGUGUAUCAAUAACGAUACAGAGUAGCAGAUUUUAUCGUUAUAUAUUGCUAGUAUGGCAUACACAGCGAGCUUAAAGAAUAUCAGUUUGAUGUCGGCACAUCUAAUCUUCAUUUUCAUAGGAAAUGCAGUUUCUUCCCAACACAAUGAGAAUGUAUAUGUGUCAGGGAUGUCAAACGCCUGUGGAGAUGUGGCUGAGCAGAUCAGGGCUUCCAGUGGUGUAAUAACCAGUCCUGGCUGGCCCUUUGAGUACCCAUCUCAUAUUAACUGCAGCUGGAACAUCAGGGCCAACCCUGGAGAGAUCAUCACCAUCAGUUUUCAGGAUUUUGAGAUUCAGAGCUCACACCGAUGUGGUUUGGAUUGGAUCUCCAUUGGAACCUACAAGAAUCUGGAUGGGUACCGGGCAUGUGGCACAUCAAUUCCAGCCCCAUACAUCUCCUCCCAGGAUCACGUGUGGAUCAAGUUCCACUCUGAUGACAGCAUGACUGGAAAAGGCUUCAGGCUUUCUUACAUAACAGGGAAAUUGGAGGAAGCCAGCUGCAAGCCAGACCAAUUCCACUGUGCCAAUGGCAAGUGUAUCCCAGAGUCGUGGAAGUGCAACACUAUGGACGAAUGUGGAGAUAAUUCGGACGAGGAGCUGUGCGUGCAGCCUAACCCCUCUGCAUUCUUCUCUUUCCAACCAUGCGCCUUCAACCAGUUUCCCUGCCUCUCACGCUACACCCGUGUUUACACCUGCCUGCCAGAGUCCCUAAAGUGUGACGGCAGCAUUGACUGUCAGGACCUGGGCGAUGAGAUCGACUGUGACGUGCCCAUAUGCGGCGAAUGGCUGCGAAACUUCUACGGCACUUUCAGUUCGCCCAACUAUCCCGACUUCUAUCCACCUGGCAGUAACUGCACCUGGCUGAUCGACACCGGCGACCAUCGAAAGGUUGUUCUGCGUUUUAUGGACUUUAAACUGGAUGGCACGGGCUACGGCGACUACGUUAAAGUCUACGAUGGGCUCGAGGAGAACCCCAGGCGCCUGUUACGUGUUUUGACCGCCUUCGACUCUCGAGCCCCCGUAGCGGUCGUGUCGUCCUCGGGACAGCUCCGGGUCCAUUUUUACGCAGACAAAAUCAAUGCGGCUCGAGGUUUUAAUGUGACUUAUCAAGUAGAUGGCUUCUGUCUACCAUGGGAGAUUCCUUGUGGUGGAAACUGGGGCUGCUACACCGAGCAGCAGCGCUGCGACGGCUACUGGCACUGCCCCAACGGGCGGGAUGAGCUCAACUGCAGCAACUGCCAGGAGGACGAGUUCCCAUGCUCUCGAAAUGGCGCCUGCUACCCACGAUCGGACCGCUGCAACUAUCAGAACCGCUGCCCGAACGGCUCGGACGAGAAGAACUGCUUUUUCUGCCAGCCAGGAAACUUUCACUGUAAAAACAAUCGUUGUGUGUUUGAAAGCUGGGUAUGUGAUGCUCAAGAUGACUGUGGGGACGGAAGCGACGAGGAGAGCUGCCCGGUAAUUGUACCCACGCGAGUCAUAACUGCUGCUGUUAUCGGGAGUCUAAUCUGUGGCCUGCUGCUGGUCAUCGCUCUGGGCUGCACAUGCAAACUUUACUCACUUAGGAUGUUUGAGCGAAGGUCAUUUGAGACCCAGCUCUCGAGGGUAGAAGCUGAGUUACUGAGAAGAGAAGCUCCGCCUUCAUAUGGGCAGCUCAUCGCUCAAGGCCUGAUCCCACCAGUGGAAGAUUUUCCUGUUUGCUCUGGAAAUCAGGCAUCUGUUUUGGAAAAUCUAAGACUGGCAGUUCGUUCUCAACUGGGAUUUACCUCAAUCCGACUGCCCACAACGGGACGCCACGGCAACAUCUGGAGACGCCUGUUCAAUAUCACACGUUCGCGGCGGUCUGGUUCUCUAGCAUUGGUUUCUGCAGACACUGAAGAGGCACCUGCCAGCAACGCACCAGCCCGUGAGUCUGAGAGGCUCAGCUCUCAUCGUGGGCUCCUGCCUCUAGAAUCAGAUGACACGGACACUGAGAGCGAGCACCACAACCGCAGGGACGUUGCUGGGGCUGUUGGAGGCCUGAUGGCUUCCCUGCCACAGAAAACACCCCCUGCAACAGCCGUGGAAGCCAUUGUCUCUGUCUCUGCCGGCUCUGCUCCACUAGUUAGCAGGGAAAACAGCAUCUCUGAAGGUAUUUCGGAAAGCUCUGUCAGUAGACCUUUAUGCACCCCUGCCUUGGUCUCUUCCGGAAGAAGUCCGUUCGGCUCCGCUUUAAGCCGAGUCACCCGCAGUCUGCGCUGGAUACGCUUUUCCCUGGGCCGCUCUGGAGACGGAGGGUUUAGCGUUGUAGGUCAGAAUCACAGUCCGCUGCGGCAGCUGGAGCAGGGAAGCGCUGGCUGCGCCGGCUUGAUGGACGAGGAGGAAGACGAUGAUGAUCUCCUCAUAUCCAUCUCAGACACGGGCUCCCUGGAUGGAGAUGAGAGUUCCAGGACUCUGCUAGAGCCAGGUAUGGAGCAAGGUUUUGGGCCCCACCUGGACCCCACUGCUGUCUCUCUCAGGGGCCGGUUGGUGGGUAGAGAUGGGCCCUGUGAACACUGUGGAAUGGUCCACACAGCACGGAUUCCUGAUGCUUGUCUGGAGGCAACAAUGAAAACAGAAAGUAGUGACGAUGAGUUACUUCUGCUCUGUUAAGACACUCGGUGCAUGACCCGAAAGCGCCCCUGCUCACAGCUUUGCCAUUUCUUUUAUUGUCCUCUAGUGGAGCAGAGACUUGAAUCUAUUCAGACAUGUGUCGUCUUCUAAAACAAAGAGCUGCAGAAUUCAGGUACUUUUAAAGACUGGGUCUGUAACCAUUAACUGGAGUACAAGAUCUCCCCAAUCCCACGCUCCUUUCCACUGUGCAAUAUUAGUAUUUGUUGAUGUUUACCAGGUCAAAGUCUAUUUUUCUGAAAAGUCCAAUUAAAAUCACACAGAGAGUGAACCAGUCCGCAGUUUUCAAUCUGGAAUAGCAGCACAAAUAUAUGCAUCUGUCCUGUGCAAUGUGGAACAACGAAAGACUGAAUGCAUCCAAGCUCCAUGAGAGAUUUUGUUACCUAACCUUUAAGUUAUUUUUACUUUAAUGAAACUAAAAUGUCUGACAUCAAAGAAAUGGUGUACGCAAAAACUGUAAUUGUGUCAUUUCCCUACGCUCAUGCUGUUCAGAUUUUUUUCUUUUAUGAAUUACAAAGACAUAUUUCAUAUUUCGCAUGCUGUCCUACCAGCUCUCUUUCAUACAAAGUAAAUGGGGUUUGUGGCUCCAAAAUGGGGGGGAAAUAUUUUUCGGAAAGUAAUUUCUACAUUUUGUGUGCUAAAUUGCUAGUCUUCUGAAUAGCAUUGUGUGUGGAACAAACCAAAAUAAUUGGUGGGAAGUUUCCUUUGUGGUAGAUCUUAUUAACAUUGGCCUACAACUGUUGUUUGUUUUGAAAUUAGUGAAUUUUUAGGUUUUAACAAAGCAUAUUUGCCAGUGAGCAAAUCUAAAUGAUUCGAGAGCUGUGGGGAGGCAAAGGAAUUUUAGGGAUUUUUUGCAAUGUUUAGUCAUAAGGACAAUUUUUGUUUUGUAAAAUGUUUUGUACUUAUUGUACUGUUCACUUUUGGUAUGAAAAAGAGCUGCUUAGACAAAUUUCACAAAAGUUAUGCAGGUUUGAUGUGAUGAUACAGGAUGAUGUAAGGGUGAGUGAUGACCCAGUUUUAGUUUCUGCAUGACCCUUUUCUUAACCUGCUAGCAAAAAAUAGGAGAUCAAAUAAUAUAAUUAAAAUGGUACAUUGGAGCGACGGUAGGUAUGUUACAUGCGGCUACGGGCAAGUGACAUUUAUUUAUAACAGUAUAAUCUAAGAGGGAGCUACUAUUUUUUAAAGGAAACUGCAUUGUAUAAAAGUCACUUUUGUUUGUUGUAUUUAUUUUGUUACCGUUAACCCUUUGGUAACCCUAAAGAUUUGGUACUGAGAUUUUUUUGUGCGAGUGUGUAUAUUUAUUAUUGGCAUUUAUUUCAAUAGCGUUUACUUGAAAAGCAUGUCCAGCUGUCUUAUGCAUAUUUUUUUCCAUUUCAUAAAGCUGUGUUCAAAAAUAUUAUUACACACACACACACACACACACACACUCACACAUAAACAAACCAAGAUAAAAAGACAACUGUUUACUGCACUAUGACAAUAAAAUGUUCAUCCUA